AUGGCCAUGGUCGACUCCCCGAUCAACCAUCCGCUGGUGUUGUCAGCGGAUAAAGUGGCCGUCGACCGGAUCGCGGUCUCUCAGGGGCGGCCAGCCGAGGAAGCACCGGACGACAACCUGGUCAGAAGGCCAUGGUGUUCGCCCAGAAACGAUUCGUGGCCGUCAGAACCGGAAAUUCGGACAGAGGACAGCAAGCCGCAAGCGAAUAAAGGACGCCUCCGCACUUUCUGGGGUCUUUAA